UAGACCUGACUGAAACCCCCUAGGAUCUUGGUGUCUGGACAUAGGAGAGCCAGCUUCUGAAAGCCCCUGUGUCAGCAUUUGAGGAAUGAUGGUAUAGUGCUAUUGUUAUCUUCAAGUGUUGUGAAGCACAAACUUUUCAAAUCACUGUAGAUAUGGACAGAGAAGAAAGGAAGACUAUCAACCAGGGUCAAGAAGAUGAAAUGGAGAUUUAUGGUUAUAAUUUGAGUCGCUGGAAACUUGCCAUAGUUUCUUUAGGAGUGAUUUGCACUGGUGGGUUUCUCCUCCUGCUCCUCUACUGGAUGCCAGAGUGGCGGGUGAAAGCAACCUGUAUCAGAGCUGCAAUUAAAGACUGUGAAGUGGUGCUGCUGAGGACUACUGAUGAAUUCAAAAUGUGGUUUUGUGCAAAAAUUCGCUUUCUUUCUCUGGAAAGUCACCCAUUUGUUAAUCCAAAAUCUAUAGCUAAUAAGAUUUCAAAUGGCCAUGCAGUCCAUUUAACUGAGAAUCCUGCUGAAGAUACUAGCCAUGAAAUGAAUAAAUAUUCACAGACUCAGUCACAACAGAUUCGUUAUUUCACCCACCAUAGUGUAAAAUAUUUCUGGAAUGAUACCAUUCACAAUUUUGAUUUCUUAAAGGGACUGGAUGAAGGUGUUUCUUGUACGUCAAUUUAUGAAAAGCAUAGUGCAGGACUGACAAAGGGGAUGCAUGCCUACAGAAAAUUGCUUUAUGGAAUAAAUGAGAUUGCUGUGAAAGUGCCUUCUGUUUUUAAGCUUCUAAUUAAAGAGGUUCUCAAUCCAUUUUACAUUUUUCAGCUGUUCAGUGUUAUACUGUGGAGCACUGAUGAAUACUAUUACUAUGCUCUAGCCAUUGUGAUUAUGUCUAUAGUAUCAAUUAUGAGCUCACUAUAUUCCAUUAGAAAGCAAUACAUUAUGUUGCAUGACAUGGUGGCAACUCACAGUACUGUGAGAGUUUCAGUUUGUAGAGUAAACGAAGAAAUAGAGGAGAUUUUUUCUACAGACCUCGUGCCGGGAGAUGUCAUGGUUAUUCCAUUAAAUGGGACAGUCAUGCCUUGUGAUGCAGUACUCAUUAAUGGUACUUGUAUUGUCAAUGAAAGCAUGUUGACAGGAGAGAGUGUUCCAGUGACAAAGACUAAUUUGCCAAAUCCUUCAGUGGAUAUAAAAGGAAUGGGAGAGGAAUUAUACAGUCCAGAAACACAUAAACGACACACUCUGUUUUGUGGGACGACUGUUAUUCAGACCCGUUUUUACACUGGAGAACUUGUUAAAGCCAUAGUAGUUAGGACAGGAUUUAGUACUUCCAAAGGACAACUGGUCCGCUCUAUAUUGUAUCCUAAACCAACUGACUUUAAACUCUACAGAGAUGCUUACUUAUUUCUACUAUGUCUUGUGGCAGUGGCUGGCAUUGGGUUCAUCUACACAAUUGUCAAUAGCAUUUUAAAUGAGGUAGAAGUUGGAGAAAUCAUUAUUGAAUCUCUUGAUAUCAUUACAAUUACUGUACCACCUGCACUUCCUGCUGCAAUGACUGCUGGUAUUGUAUAUGCUCAAAGAAGACUGAAAAAUGUUGGUAUUUUCUGUAUCAGUCCUCAAAGGAUAAAUAUCUGUGGACAGCUGAAUCUUGUUUGUUUUGACAAGACUGGAACUCUUACUGAAGAUGGUUUAGAUCUGUGGGGGAUUCAACGAGUGGAAAAUACCCGAUUUCUUUUGCCAGAAGAGAAUGUUUGUAAUGAGUUGUUGGUAAAAUCUCAGUUUGUUGCUUGUAUGGCUACUUGUCAUUCACUCACAAAAAUUGAAGGAGUGCUCUCUGGUGACCCACUUGAUUUGAAAAUGUUUGAAGCCAUUGGAUGGAUUCUGGAAGAAGCAACUGAAGAAGAAACAGCACUUCAUAAUCGAAUUAUGCCCACUGUGGUUCGUCCUCCCAAACAGCUGCUUCCUGAAUCUACACCUGUAGGAAACCAAGAAAUGGAGCUGUUUGAACUUCCAGCUAUUUAUGAGAUAGGAAUCGUUCGUCAGUUCCCAUUUUCUUCUGCUUUACAACGGAUGAGUGUGGUUGCAAGAGUGCUAGGGGAUAAGAAAAUGGAUGCCUACAUGAAAGGAGCCCCUGAGGUCAUUGCCAGCCUUUGUAAACCUGAAACAGUUCCAGUUGAGUUUGAGGAAGUUUUAGAAGAUUACACUAAACAAGGCUUCCGUGUGAUUGCUCUUGCACACAGAAAAUUGGAAUCAAAACUAACAUGGCAUAAAGUACAGAAUAUUAGCAGAGAUACCAUUGAAAACAACAUGGAUUUUAUGGGAUUAAUUAUAAUGCAGAACAAAUUAAAGCAAGAAACCCCUGCAGUACUUGAAGAUUUGCAUAAAGCCAACAUUCGCACUGUCAUGGUCACAGGUGACAACAUGUUGACUGCUGUCUCUGUGGCCAGAGACUGUGGAAUGAUUCUACCUCAGGAUAAAGUUAUUAUUGCUGAAGCAUUACCUCCAAAGGAUGGGAAGGUUGCUAAGAUAAAUUGGCAUUAUGCGGACUCCCUAACACAGUGCAGUAAUUCAACAGCAGUUGGCUCAGAGGAUAUUCCAAUUAAAUUGGUCCAUGAUAGCUUAGAAGAUCUUCAGAUUACUCCUUAUCAUUUUGCAAUGAAUGGAAAAUCAUUUUCAGUGAUACUGGAGCAUUUUCAAGACCUCGUUCCUAAAUUGAUGUUGCAUGGUACUGUGUUUGCUCGUAUGGCACCUGAUCAGAAGACACAGCUGGUAGAAGCAUUGCAAAAUGUAGAUUACUUUGUUGGGAUGUGUGGUGAUGGUGCAAAUGAUUGUGGCGCCUUGAAGAGAGCACAUGGAGGCAUUUCCUUAUCUGAACUUGAGGCUUCAGUGGCAUCUCCUUUUACCUCUAAAACUCCUAGCAUUUCCUGUGUGCCAAACCUUAUCAGGGAAGGUCGUGCUGCUUUAAUGACUUCCUUCUGUGUGUUUAAGUUUAUGGCAUUGUACAGCAUCAUACAGUACUUCAGUGUUACUCUCCUGUAUUCUAUUUUAAGUAACCUAGGAGAUUUCCAGUUCCUCUUCAUUGAUCUGGCAAUCAUCUUGGUAGUGGUAUUUACAAUGAGUUUAAAUCCUGCAUGGAAGGAACUUGUGGCACAAAGACCGCCUUCAGGUCUUAUAUCUGGGGCACUACUCUUCUCCGUUUUGUCUCAGAUUGUCAUCUGCAUUGGAUUUCAAUCUCUGGGAUUUUUUUGGGUCAAGCAGCAGCCGUGGUAUCCAUCUUUAGACGCUUGUAAUACAACAAGAAGCCUAUUUCAGAAUUCUUCACACUUAGAGAAUGAAACUGAACUUGAUACACAUAAUAUACAGAAUUAUGAAAAUACCACAGUGUUUUUUAUCUCCAGUUUUCAGUACCUCAUAGUGGCAAUUGCCUUUUCAAAAGGAAAACCCUUCAGGCAACCUUGCUACAAAAAUUAUUUUUUUGUUGUAUCUGUGAUUAUUUUGUAUGUCUUCAUAUUACUCAUCAUGUUGCAUCCAGUUGCCUCUGUUGACCAGGUUCUUCAGAUAAUGUGUGUACCAUAUGAGUGGCGGAUAACUAUGCUCAUCAUUGUUCUUGUCAAUGCCUUUGUAUCUAUCAUGGUGGAGAGCUUCUUCCUUGACACGGUCCUUUGGAAAAUUGUGUUCAAUCGAGACAAACAAGGAGAGUAUCGCUUCACCACACAGCCACCACAGGAGUCAGUGGAUCGGUGGGGGAAAUGCUGCUUGUCUUGGGCACUGGGCUGUAGAAAGAAGACGCCAAAGGCAAAGUACAUGUAUCUGGCACAGGAGCUCUUGAUUGAUCCGGAAUGGCCACCCAAACCUCAGACAACAACAGAAGCUAAAGCUUUGGUAAAGGAGAAUGGAUCAUGUCAGGUCAUCACCAUAACAUAGCAAUGACUUGGUGUCAGUGGUUUGCUAAUAGCAGUGUUCAGGAGAGAGAGUGAUUUUAUGAUUUCCUGAUCCUGUGUAUCAGAAUGGGCACUAUUUCAAUUUAUGCUUCUUCUUCUGAUAAUACAGUAAUUGAUUUGAAAGCUUUGCUUUAAAACACAUACAAAAGAGAGAGUGACAUUGAAUUCAGACCUGGGUAUAUCUUCAUUCAGUAACCUAAGUAUUAUAUAAAUAUUGUAGAAUUUGACUGUUACCCUAUGUGAUUAUUUAUAUUGGGUACCAGAGAAAUCUGGUGUUCAGUAAGUUUUUCAACAUUGGCUUUUGAAACUAGUUUGCUUUUUAAAAUUUAUUCUCACAACCCCUUUUGACAGGAAAUGUUUAUAAGUGUAUAUAUAUAUAUAUAUAUAUACACACACAUAUGUAUAUUAUAGAUAUAUAUAUAUAUAGAUAUAUAUAUAUAUAUAUAUUACAGGCCCUAAAUUUGUGAUUGUUAAAAAUAAAAUGGCUGUUCAUAACCUCCAUUGAAAACAAAUUGAAAGCCUGAUUUCAUUUCAGUAUUUCUUCCAAAGAAUUCCCUGUAAACAUACAUAUAACAGUUCCCUUUGAUGGUUAGAAGUUAGGAAUGAGGUUAUGUGGUGUUGCUUAUAGAACAACUCAGGUAAUUCUGUGUAUGGUUUAUAUUUUCUGUGCAAACUGCCUGGGUUUAUUUUUCUAAUCAGUAAGGUGCUUCACUGCUUCUUGAUGUCCUCCAAGUUGUUGAGUGGAUCUUGUGCUAUGUCUGGGGUCAGUAGUCUACUUUGCUUCACUUGAACCUUGGCAAAUCUUUUUCACUAGAAAAAGGCAGUAGAUAGAAAUCUUAUUUUUCUAAUAGCUCUUCAUACCUCUUUUUGUUCAGAAUUUGUUUUAUUUUAAUUAUCUAAAGACAGGAUAAUAGUGAGCUUUAGUUUUUGCAUUUUGUUAGUUAAUAUUUUACCUUGAAAGUUUUUUUUUUCAAGGUUUCCUGUCAAUAAUGAGGCUUUUAAAAAUUGGUAUUGGAUUUGAAUAACUACUGAUUUUUCAAAGCAGUGUGAAAUUGGUGAACGUUUGUUACAAAGCCACUAGAUGGCGCCAGCAUACUUUUGUUUGUUAACAUUUUUGGUGUGGCAAUUUCUGGGAGAUAAAAAAAUCCAGGUAACAAAGUUAAAGAAUUGAAGACAUUCAGUGAGCCAAAAGAAGGAAAUAUUGGAAAGUUUUUCAACUUUCUGUUUUGUCCAAUUAAUGUUUAAAUUCUAGAGGAAUUUUAAAGCUACUUUUUAAAUACCCACAGUUAAAAUUGACAUAGGACUGAUAUUGCUGUAAAUGAACCCUAAAUUAUUAAAGCAAUGUGACGUUGUUCUAUGUUCUCAUUUAACAAUCACAUGUUUGCUUUUCACUCCUAGCUGAUCAUUACAUAGUUUCCAAUCUACCAGGUGUUACCCAGAAUUGUAGAACCAAAUGUUUCUUCUUAUUUAUGCUGCAAAGAACUGAAUGAUGUUUGAUAACUGUAGAACAUAUAAAUUACACUCAGGAUCACUGUUACUGCUAUUGCCACUGAUGAUUAUUACAAAAAAUACAAUCCAUAUUUUCAUCAAAAUGUAUAAUGUGAUAUUAAUACACAUUAGAUAAGAACAAUUAUUCCAUGAAUGAAUCUAUGAAGCUAUGCAUCUUAGACCUCUUGAGCUGUGAAUUAGCACUAUUUUCUAUAAUUUCAUGAUCUCUUGAUUGUUUUAUAAUGCUCAUAUCCACUUAAAAUAUGCUCAAGUAUUACUCUUUAGUGAUUUCCACAAUUGCAAAUUUUAUUCUUUUGGUUAAAUACUGAAGCAUAUCAUUCCAGUAAUUGCCAAGUACAAUUUAAAAAUCCAGUUAUUGAUUGUAUUUAACAUCUUUAAGAGCAUGAUCAUAAAAACCUAUUUUUGACAUACAUAUCUUUUAAUGUUUAGAGUUAAGGGUUUCUAGCUCAUCUCCCCAUAUAAUAAUUUUCAUCAAAGGAAUAAGGUUUGGGGUAGAUGGGAGAGCAUCGGUAGGCAGUUAGACUUAAAAAGACAGGAUAGGUUUUCAAGGUGAGAAUAUUAUUUGAGGAAUAUCUGUGAAUCCAGGUGUGGCUCCUGCUCAGUGCCAUAGACAGUCCUCUCUGUAGGUCACCAUUACGUAGUAGUUUUGGUUCUGAGUUUUACAUUAAAUUAUUUGAGUGUAUACAGACCUAAUUUUUAAAAUCUGUACAUAUAUUAUUUUGAUGUAUUAAGAUUGAUAAAUAUUGCUGAUUUAAAUUUUAUUUAUGCACAUACUUAAAGGACAGAAAUGUCCGGGAAAGUAAUUGUUAAAUAAUGAUAUGUAACUUUUUAACUUUUUAAAUAAAUAACAAGAUUUUUAAUGUGUGUGUCCCUCAGGGUUGUUUAAAGUUUUUUUUUCCCCCUCAAAUAUACAUAUGUUUUCUAUCUUUUAGCACCAACUGCUGUCAAGCGAUGCUGCAAAUAAUGCUUUGAAUAAGAGUGGCUAAGCCAACAGCAAAAGAAAUACUUUUUAUAGUAGUUUUAUAAUCCUUAAAUUCGAAAAGCUUUCCAAAUUGCACUUGCAUUUAAACAAAACUGUUGCAGUUUUUACUCUAUUUAUUUCCUUUUCCCAUAUUGUUGAAAGUAUUGCACAGUUUCAAAAGGCAUGAUUAAUAUAUCGAUGUUUAUGUAGUCUGUUUCAAACCAGCUAUUGACAACUAUCCAACAAAGAACAGAAUUCAAGCUUUAGAAAAAACACUGAAUAUUUCAUGCAUGCAAUUUUGACAUAUCUGGAAAUAGGCUUUUGUAUAUUUAUGGUGGGAGGUGGUGGGGAGCUUUUAAUAAGAUAGGAUGUCAAUGUUUGUACAGUCUGGGCAUUUACACAUAUUUUUAAUGUAUUAAAAUUUGGUAAUUAUGUGCACAUGAAAUUAAUGAAAUAGUUUUUUCCUGUUAUGAUUUGUGAAUUCCCUAAGAACCUGGAUUUUUUUAAGUAACUUUAUAUCAGAAAUGAUACUGCAUCUUUAUAUUUUUAAAAUUGUAUUGCUGCUCAAGAAUGGUACCCUAUUGUCAAAAAGGCAUACAUUCAUAAUUGUACAUUCAGCAUUGUAAAUAACCUUAUUAAAUCUUUUUUUGAUUGAAGCUAUUAAAAAUAAAAACUGAAAUGAAUUGUG